AUGUUCCCUGAUGUUCCAGGUGUGAAGAAUUGUGGGAGGAUGCGGUAUCAAAAUCAAUCUGACUUGGCCUUUUUCUCCUCCAUCUAUCUGCUCUGCCUUUCCCUAAUUGCCUCUGCAGUGAGUGAGGAUGUGCCAAAGAGGAAUCUGUUUUCAUGGAAAACAGGAAUGUGGGGGGUGUGUGUAGCUCCAGAUUGUGGCGCUCCAGGCCUACAGGUUCGCUCAGUGUGGUGUGUUCACUCUGAAGGCUGGAGUACCCACCAAUCCAACUGUCACCCCUGGCAGCGUCCAGCACACCAGCAAGCUUGUGUCAAAGUGUGUGAGUGGCAGCGCCAGCUGUUUGAAUGGCAGGCCUACCCAUGGGGUCCAUGUGCCCCGGCUUCUCCCCUCCCUCCUGAGCAGUGCGUGACAGCUCAGCGAGGGUUACAAAGACGAACUGCAGUAUGUGUGUUAGCUUUAAACAGGACCACUGUGAAUUCCCACAUGUGUGAGGCAUUUAGUUCCUCCCCUGAGCUGGAAAGGGCAUGUCUCCUUCCAUGCCCACUCGACUGCGUUGUUUCCACUUUUUCUCACUGGUCACCUUGCAGUCGCACCUGUGGCCCUGCCUUACAGCACCGCACCCGCCAGGUACUGUCACCUCCUCUUUUCGGUGGAGCCGAAUGUCCGAUAUUGACUCAAAGCCGCUCCUGCAAUCAUGAAGCCUCCAAUCCUUCACAGUGUCCGUUUGAGCAACAGGAACACAGCUACAGCCUGUGGGCAGGACCGUGGAGUCCCUGUAAACGCAAACCAGCAACACCCAACGGAAGGACCACAGUGGACUUUAGUAAUCAGAGUGGACACAUAGUUGAAAGAUCAUCACAUAGAGGGCAGCAUUCUGGGAAAAUGCCUUCUCAACAUCAUUACCAUGACCACCACAGAGGCCUUAAAGCAUCUUGGGAUAUUCAUGUCGGCUACCAAACACGGCAGGUUCGUUGCACAAGGAGUGACGGCAGAAAUGCCAUGCUGAGUCUUUGUGACUAUACCAGCACUCCAGUCAAUUUUCGUUCCUGUGUGAUUGCAAAAGACUGUGAAGUCUCUGAUUGGUCAGAAUGGAGUCAGUGCUCGAAAACAUGUAGAAUGACUGAACAGUUACCAGGCUUCAAGAGCAGGAAGCGAAGUGUGAGGAUCUUUCCUACUGCUGGAGGACAAGAAUGUCCUGCACUGGAAGAAAUCAAGACCUGUAACACAAAGGAUGAAUUACUUCCACUUUGUUUAAGGUAUGAGUGGAAGGUGACAAACUGGGGUUCCUGCGAGGUCAGACCUCUUCUCAGUCAGCAGGAUAAUCGCCACGGUAACAGCAGCUUCCUGUGCGGAGGUGGAAUUCAGACCCGGGAGGCCUACUGUGUCAUGAUACCUAAUAACAUGACAAAAUCUCAAAUAUCCAGACCUGUAGGACAAAGCUUGUGCUCUGGUCUUCCUCCACCACUGAUCCAGGCUUGCACCAUUCCCUGCUCAAAACAUUGUCAUCUCUCACCUUGGUCACCCUGGGGACCUUGUAUCCAUGACAACCGUCUAGAGGAUAAUGGGAGACAAGGUUUUAUGUUAAGGAUGCGCUUUAUAGUCGAGGAGAGCUGGGGUGAGUCAGAGAGCUGCCCUCAUCUUACAGAAGCAAUGACCUGCAAUGACCCCAUGAGUUUCAUGUGGCGUGUGAAAUCACAGGGACCCUGUGUGCCUCAGGAUGGAAAUUGUGGUCCUGGAACCCAAGAGCAGACAGUCGAGUGUGUUUCAGUGACAGGUGAUGCCUCCCCUGCUAAAAGGUGCCCGAAGGAUAGUCCUCCAAUCCAGAAGCCGUGUCAUAUGCUGUGUCCUGAUGAUUGUGUACUGGGAGACUGGAGUGUUUGGUCCUACUGUUCCAGCUUGCAAGCAGGGGGCAAACAAAUCCGUCGACGUGCCAUCCUCGCACCUUCAGGGAAGAAGGGAAGAGGAUGUCUACCUGCCCCUGUUCUAGAGCAGUCAAGACCUUGUAGCAUUCACCCACCUAUGGUGUACUACUGGGACAGUUCUCCAUGGGGCCCCUGUACACCAGACCCUGACAAUAACAAAAACUCCACAGAACAGGAAAAGGUGAAGGAAAAAGACUGUGGCACUGGAAUACAGACUCGCCACAUCUCCUGCAGACGACUUGAUGGUGGACAGGUGGAACCAAACAGGUGUCCUGGAUCAACCCGUCCAGACCAGAUGCUCCCCUGCACUCUUCCAUGCAAGGUGGACUGCAUUGUUACACCAUUUAGUGAAUGGAGUCCAUGUCCUACCUCCUGCUCACCAAUGAAUACCAGCAUUAGCAUCCAAUCACGACACCGGAUCAUCAUCCAGAGGCCAGUCAAUGGUGGUCAGGACUGCCCCGCCACACUUUUUGAGGAAAGACAGUGUAAACUCCCUCCGUUUUGUCCAACAUACAGAUGGCAGACACACCAUUGGAAUCCCUGCAUUCUGGUCCCUGAAUCGGUGUGGAAAGCAGCGGGCAGCCAAAAUGAAGCAUGUGGACUUGGAUUGCAGACCAGAGCUGUAAUCUGUGUUGGCAUGGGCGAUGUUCCUGCAGACAUGGCAGAGUGUGUGGGCGGGGCAGGGGUGAUGCCCGCUAUGAUUCAACAGUGCAGAGUGGCAUGCAAGGAUGACUGCACCGUCAGCUCCUGGAGCAAGUUCUCCGACUGCCAGGCCUGUGGAGGCUGGCAAACACGCACUCGUUCACUUAUAGGUCGCAGUAAGAAGCGUAGGCGCUGCCAGCAGGAGCCUCUAGUGGAGAAAAAGGCCUGUCCCUGCUCAGAGUACCAUAAACAACCUCAUGGUCAAUGGUCAACCUGCCUGAUUCCUCACCUUCAUUACAAUGUUGGGUAUCCAGUCAGUCAGAGGAGCUACCAACAAGCUCAAGUGUUCACUCAGGCCUGGAAUAUUCAGGGAGACGGCAAUGAGUGUGGGCUAGGGUGGCGCUACAGAGCCCUAGCAUGUCUGGACCAUCAUGAGCAUCUAGUUGAUCCAGCUUUUUGCAAUAGCACUGGCAUUGAAGAGGAAGUGUGUUUUGUGCCCUGUCCUCUGGACUGCAGACUGAGUGAGUGGUCGUCUUGGUCCUCAUGCAGCGCCCCCUGUGGUGGAGGAGUGAAAGCACGUGCUCGGUGGUUAAGAGAAAAACCAUUUAAUGGAGGGCGACCCUGUCCAAAACUGGACGUCAAAAAUCAGGUGAGAGUGUCUGAGGUAGUGCCUUGCUACUCUGAGUGCAAUCAGUACGUAUGGGAGGUCAACUCGUGGUCUGCAUGUGUUAUCAAUCCACCCAACGCUAUCAGCAGCACAAGCCAAGACCAGUCAUCAUGCGGAGAGGGUGUCCAGACUCGCAAAAUCAGGUGUGUAAGGAAGGAAGAAGACAGGUGGAACACUGUAGAGGAUUCUGAAUGUGCACAGCAGGAUAAGCCAGUCACUGCUCAAACCUGCUACCUGCCCUGCCCUGGGCAAUGUGUAACAUCAGAAUGGAGCCAGUGGAGUGAAUGCACUAUGGGCUGUAAUGAAAAAGAAAUGAGGUGGAGGAGUAGGAUGGUACUGAGGAUGCCAGGAAGAGGGCACACAUGCCCUGAGCUAAAUCAAACAGAGUCUUGUGCCAACACAACCUGCCUUUCAUAUUCCUAUGCUUACUCAGACUGGAGCAGUUGUCGGCUUAAUAAGAAUGCAGUGUGUGGCACAGGAACAAAGACACGUCUGCUGAACUGUGUUAGCAGUGAUGGAAAGCUGGUGGAACUGAGCAUGUGCAAAGAGUGGGGUCCUUCAAGAGGGAAGCUUUCUGCACCGUGUGAAGUGAGUUGCCCUGUGGACUGCCUGCUGUCUGACUGGUCACUCUGGUCAGAGUGUUCACACACCUGUGGAGCACAAAGUCACAUGACACGUUCCAGAUUAGUCUUACAGCAGGCAGAAGAAAGUGGUCGGCCUUGUCCCUCUCAGCUCUCUCAAACCAAGCCAUGUCCCAUUAGGCCUUGCUACGGCUGGAGGCUGGGGGAAUGGAGCACCUGUAGGGUGGAGGGUGCAGAGUGUGGCGAUGGGACAAGAGAGAGGAACAUGUCGUGUGUUGUUCACUGGGGUAACUACUCCAGACCUCCAUAUCCAAAAUCAGUACAGGAGGAGCACUGUGUGGAGAAUGUACUGAGCAAGCCCAUGCCGACAGAGCUGCACCAGCCAUGCUCCAUCCCCUGUCCAGGAGACUGUCACCUGACCAGUUGGUCACAGUGGAGCUUGUGCCAGAUGCUUUGCCUGAAUGGAAGGAGUUAUGAGACGUGGGGACGGCAGGCACGAUCCAGAGCAGUAAUCAUCCAGGUCCCACAAAACAAGACCUCCUGUCCAAGCCAGGUUUAUGAAACACGACCAUGCCAGCGAGGGAGUUGUCUUAGUUAUGAGUGGGUUACAGGUGAAUGGAGGAAUAAUCAAAGAGCAGUGUGGUGCCAACGCUCAGAUGGCGUAAAUGUCACUGGAGGAUGUUUUCCACACAAUAAACCCUCUGGUGUGCAUCACUGUGACCCACCAUGCACCAAACCCUUUUCUUUUUGCAAACAGAACGGCAUGUGUGGUUGUGAGAAAGGUUUUACUGAGGUCAUUACUGCUCAUGGAUACCUGGACUACUGUACAAGAACCCAGGGGCCGGAUAAAAAGGCAGACGUGAAGAGCAAUGGGGGACGUCUGAGAUCCAGCCGUAUGCAGAAACAGAACGAGAUCAGAGGCUGGACGCUGCAACCACUUGGUCCAGAUGGACGGGUCAGGCUGUGGGUGUACGGGCUAAUGGCAGCGGGAUUCAUUAUGAUUCUCCUCAUCAUCACAAUGUCCUUUCUGCUGUGUAAAAACUCCAAGGACACCCCAAGCUCGGGCAGCACCCAAAAGCAUCUAGCACUGGCGUAUGAUGUAGAUACCGACAUGUGAGUGACUAUUCUGCUGUUGAUCUCCAGUUCUAAUUUAUGCAACGUCAAGAUCUUCUGAGAGGCCAAGGUCAUUCCAGCUGCAACAACCAUGAUGUUUUAUAUCAAGCCUUGUGCCUCUACAUUAAAAGUGUGUGUGUGUGUGUGUGUGUGUGUGUGUGUGUGUGUGUGUGUGUGUGUGUGUGUGUGUGUGUGUGUGUGUGUGUGUGUGUGUGUGUGUGUGUGUGUGUGUGUGUGUGUGUGUGGUUUGAUUGGAGAGAACAAAUGGGUCUUGUUUGUUGUUGAUGUUAAUACUUUAUGCACUAUGUUAGUGCAGUAUUGAGUAUCACACUCUAUGUUAGUGCAUUGUUUCUGUAUUUCAAUUGCAAGCAUACAUUUGUGUGUUGUUUUUUAUAAUGUCAUACAAUACCAGCUGACUUUUAUAUGCUGUUAAACUUCUUUACAUCCGGACGCUGUAGCUGCAGCAGUUACAGUUGCAAAAGAUAUACAGAUUGCACUGGACUGAAUUCAAGCAUUAAUUCAUUAUACGUGUGGUCUGAGCAUCAUCCAUGUCACAACAUAGACAGAUACAUCCUGCCUACAAUUGUACCUUUCAUAACUUUAUUAAACAAAUUAAAUAAUGA